CGUUUAGUGUUUGUAAGCGUUGACCCAAUUCCUCGACAACACAAACACUGCACUACUUAUAGCUAUAGCUGUCAGUCAACUACUGAACACUCAAUUAAUUAUUGCUUUAAUUUUGUUUGAGUUUUACAUUUCAUUUAAACAUUGCAUUCAAAAGUGUUGUGUUUUUUCAGUGCUUUUUUAAUCAUUGCUUUUAAGAUCAUUUGAUUUGAUUUUAUGGUUUGUUUUUUGCCAUUAAUUUCAAUUUAGUUUUUCAUUUCAAUGAUUAUUAUUGUUGACGUCUAUUGAAGCGAUGAAACGGGUGGUCAUCUUCCGCAACGGCACCGCACACGACGGCAAAGUCUUUCUGGUGACCAAUUCGUUGGAUGAGUUGUUGGUUUCGGCGUCGGAUAAGUUUGGAGUUCAAUAUAAACGCUUCUUUACCAAAGAGGGCGGAGAGAUUGAUGACAUUAAACUCAUCAAAGACGACGAUAUACUAUAUGUAUCGGACGACCAGGACUUCGUCAAACCGACGGACUCUGAGGCCAACAAAGAAAAUAAAAAAAGUGUGUUAAACGCCAACCCAAUGAAUGAAUGGAUUUUGUUGAAUAUCGGCGGAAAGAUAUUUUCGACGACCAGAAGUACAUUAGUAGCUAAAGAGCCGAACUCGAUGUUGGCCCGAAUGUUUGCCAUCGAAAAUGAAAACUUAAUGAUAUUUCCGUCACCAAAGGACAAGAGCGGCGCUUUUCUUAUAGAUCGAAGUCCUGAAUAUUUUGAACCAAUUCUCGGUUAUCUAAGACACGGUCAGCUCAUUGUCGACCGCAAUGUUAACCCUCAGGGAGUUCUGGAAGAGGCCAAGUUUUAUGGCAUAACAUCAUUGAUACCGGAAUUGGAGUCUAUGAUCAUUGAUGAGAUACCAGACUCGACGGCUGCACCACUUACUAGACGUGAUGUCAUCAAUGCAAUUGUCAAAACGGCCACAUCAUCUGAGUUGCGCUUCCAGGGCGUCAAUUUGGCCGGUGCUGACCUAUCACGUCUUGAUUUAAGUUAUAUUAAUUUCAAAUAUGCUAAUCUCAAAGGCGCCCGACUCCAAGGGGCAAAUUUAAGUUAUUGUUGUCUGGAAAGGGCUGACCUCUCAUCCAGUAAUAUAGAAGGGGCCACUCUUUUCGGUUGCAAAAUGGUUUGCGCUAAUCUUGAAAAUUGCAACCUUAGGGGUACAAAUAUGGAGGAACCGCACGGAAAUAGGACUAAUAUGGAGGGCGUCAAUCUUAAAGGCGCUAAUUUAGAGGGCAGUCAAAUGGCUGGUGUGAAUCUUAGGGUUGCGACUCUUAAAAAUGCUAAUUUGCAAAACUGUGAUCUAAGAGGGGCUGUUUUAGCCGGCGCUGAUUUAGAAAACUGUGAUCUUUCGGGCUCUGAUCUACACGAAGCCAAUCUGAGAGGGGCUAACUUGAAGGGGGCCGCCUUUGAGCUAAUGUUGACUCCAUUGCACAUGUCUUAUGUGGCCAAUUGAUAUGCGGGUAAUCUUAGUAUUAGUUAUAGUAAUUAAAAUAAUGUGAAACCAAGACACACACAAUCCUACAAACCACCCAACAAUAACAACAACACAUUCACACAUACAGACAGAUAUUAUAUGAAAUAUACAAAAAUAUAAUAGUUUUGAAUUUAACGAUUUAAUUGAAUGCAAUUUAUGUUUAAAACAAUAUUCAGAGCAACGCCUCUUUUGCUCUCACUUUCUCUGUGUUUAUGCUUUUCUAUGCACUUAUAACCCCUUAAAUAUGUGACAAAAUAUAUUCAAU